UCCCAGGCGCGCGGGACAUUUGAACUUUUCCGCCUCCGAUUUUUGUCGGCGGGGAGAGUCAGGGCUGUGCGAUGCUGCUCGAGUGAAUGGGAUUUUGCCUUGGUCUGCGGAUCUGAUCGGCCAUAGAGGACGAAGAGGAGAGAGGUGUGCAGCCGCGCGUUAUGUAAUCCUGUGGUCACUGUUCACAGAGUGCGGUAAUACACAGGCGUCUAUCUCCUCUACAGACUGAUUGUAUCCGGAGGAUAGAGCAGUGCUGAGAACUGGAGCCGACGUCAUGUCUGAUCGGAAGAAGAGAGGCAGCAGCCGAGGCACGGUGACCUGGGGAGCGGACGAGAUAUCUUCUCCGCCUAGCAGAAGAUCCCAGAGGAAUUCUGCGUCCUUCAACAAGUCUUCAGACAGUCCGAUGCCUGCUCCACUGAUGAAGCGAUCUGUCACAGCAAAAAAGAUUAUGCCGCGCAAAACGCUGGCUGCCCUUGUUUCUGCUGAAUCUCAACCUAAGGCUGCAUCCAUAGUAGAACAGUCCAGUCCUUGCUCCAGUUCAGCUCAUUCUAACACUGUAUUAUGUGCAUCGCAGUCCACACCAAUAGUAUCAAGUGUUGCAGUCGCACCUAGGAGAAGUUCAAGGAUUUCCCCAAAUGCAGGGAAAGAAAACGCAGUACUUGACAAGUCACAUGAUACUGCUGAAGAUGUACCCAACCAAUCCACAACCUCUAAAAUAGACAUCCUAUCUCCUAUUCCUCUGAAUAUACCUCAGUCACCUACUGAAGACCGACAGAAAGUGAUGUCUGUGAAAGUCCGGCGCUCCUAUAGCAGGCUAGAGAUGUCUAUGAAUGGCAGCUCAUUUCUGUACAGUCCCACCAAAAAAACAGAGGCAUCUGGCACCUCUACCCCAAACUUGUCCAAAUCGGGGCGACGGUCACUUUUUGGGUUUGAUAAACUUCUUCUGAGCUCAGAAGAGGAUGUGGAGAAUAAGAAAGUUGGUGAGAAAACAAAACAGACACUCAACGAAAGUUCUAGUAGGACAUCGGCAAAGUCAUCGGUGGAAGAGCCAGAUCCUAACAUCCCUGGGGUGGCACUAGCCAAACAGAAGAGGAGGAAACGUAAAGUUCAGCAGAUAGAGGUUUCGGCUUUGGAUGAGUGGGCGGCAGCCAUGAAUGCAGAAUUUGAUGAAGCAGAGAGAUUUGACCUGCUGGUUGAAUGAGAGAACUGGGCCACACUGGACUUUACUUGUAUAUAGAACCUGUUAUUUUUAAAUCUAGUUGUUAUGUUUUGUCUGUUUAUUAUACGUGUGUGUGUUCAUUUUCCAUUUUAUGGUGACUGGUUCUUUUACUAGUCAGAUUAUGUAGUGUUUCUUAUUUCUAUCCAUCUGUGCUCAGUCACAGCUCUAAGAUUUUGGAUAUUUUUAGGACCAUGCUGACAAGAUAUUACCUGUAAAUCCAAGCGACCACUGGUUCUACAUAUUUGUAAUACCAUGUAGUAGGUGGGAAUGGAUUUUUCAGAAGUUCUAUGUACAGAAGAAGCAGAGCUAUGUUUAUUCUAUGUGGAAACACAUUUAUAAUAUCAAUUGUGCGAAAGGAAGUAGUCAUCCUAUCCCUGCUAACUAUAAGUUUCAACCUGCUACUAAUAAUUUAAAGGGGUCUUUCAUACAAAAUUAAUUGACAACCUAUCCUCAGGAUCAAUCAAUAUUCCAUUAGUGCAGUCUUGACCCUCAACAAUAUUGAUGACCUGAGGAAAUUGAUGACCUGAGGGACCCAAAGAAAUAUGGAUGCCGGGGGACCGCGCUACUACAGCGAGGACAAACAGAACUUUCUCGGGGGAGAACUCAGCGGCCGUUGACACACUAAAGUAAGCAACCCCUCGGUGCACUCCAGUUCACCCACACGAUCACCCAGUAUCUUGGGUUUUUGUGUGGGUGAACUGGCAGACAGUUUUUCUUUAAUUCCCUCAUUUGACUUUGUUUACUUUUAUGAAAUGUACCUGUAGUUUCACAACUUCUGGUGUUUGUUUUGUCAGGGGUUCAGGUGCUGAGACUCAAUGAUUGUGGAAAUUAAGAGGCAGAAGGGGCCCUGUCACCUGUGAUCAGCCUUGGUUGGCUCUCCUUGGAGAUAAGGGCAGAGCAGCAUUAGGACUCCUAAACUUCGCAGAGCCUGUAUGCCACCACCACCACCUGCCAAUGGGCACAGUGCUUAGCUGAGAGCUUCUGCCCCUUAAUUCUAGCAAUCAGUGGAGGGGGUGGACCCUCACCAAUCAAGACUUCUGUAAUAAUUCAAUCAUUAAAGUAUACCAGAUUUACUAUGGUGAAAACUGGGCAAUGUAAGUGAAAUACAAAUCUUUGUUUAUGAAAGUAAAAAUAAAGCCAUAUAUUUCACAUACAAACAAUAUACAUACAAACGUUUCGAAAUUGUGACCGUUUAUAGUUAGAUGCAGAGAACAUGACACUGAAAAGAAAAAUUAAAAACAUCU